UCUGCCUUAAGUUGAACCCGUGGUCGGUCUCAGAUUUUCCUCGCUUAUCUGGGAGCUUGAGUGCACGAAAAUUUGGGGAAGAAUUGGAAUCACUCGGUCGUUGAGAAGUGAGAAUUCGUGAAAAUCUGAUUGAAUCGAACGAAAAAUGUCGGGAUUUGGGAGCUUUUGGCCUGCGGCAAUCGUGAUUUUUUUGCUCAGAAGCAAUUUUGGUGUUUGUGGAAAUCUUCGACAGGAUCCGAAAGAUCCUUGGCGUGGAUUGUCGAUGACCUGUAACGGCGACGAUCCAAAGAACACUUCGAUCUCGUGCCACGGCAUGAGAAUCGUCAAACGUGUUAUUCAACAAUUGUUGGACAGUGCAACGACCAAUGUGGAAAUUACUAGCGGAGUGAGCCUCGUUAACAGUGAAGAUGGCGGAGCUGCUGUCCGGAGGGCGAGGAAUCUCAAAGGAUUUGGAAAAAUGGGACCGAUCUUGGGACUCCUCGAAGGGAAGGAACUCAGAGUCAAGCUGCCCAGUCUGAUGCCAGCGAAUCUGGAGUCAGCGAUCAAGGAUAGUUUACCAACAGGACGCGGAAGUGGAGGCGGAGGAUUCGGUGGUGGGAAGAAAGGAGAUAACGGUCUUCUCAUAAUGGCUGUCAUGAUGGGAAAAAUGAUGGCGGCCAUUGGUUUCGGGAGUUUGGGAAUGUUAGCGAUGAAAGCUCUCAUGGUUUCGUCUUUGGCUCUCAUGUUGUCCCUCAUAGUAGCAGCUAAGAAAUUCGCCAGCAGUCAAGAUUCCGGUGGCGGUCAUCACGUGGUCUAUGCUCAGGAAUCUGGUCACCAUCAUAGCAAGCGAAGUGUCGAUUUCGACGAUCCUGAAUUUUCGCCGUACAGUGGUUAUGCCAGUCUUUAUGGAAUCUCAAGAUUCUCGUGAUGCGAGACACUUUGCAACGAAGACUGACGCGAUGGACACACGACGACGUACAGACAGAAACACGGUUCCUUAUACUAAUGGUUACAAUAACGAGACAUGUGGGGAGAAAGGAGUUUUGAUUUCGACGACUUCCAGCACACGGAUCAACUAAUCAUUCAUUCUCAUUUUUCCACUCUCUUUCUCUCUCUCUCUAUUUCUUUCCAUUUCUCUGUCAUCUCAUAUUCCUUUCCUACGAUUGUAAAUCUUCUCUAAAUUAUUUAUUGCAUUAUUUAUUUAUCCUAUCCAUUGUUACCCAUUAUAAUCCGUCGUGAAAAAGCAAAUAAAUUAUUCUUUGUUACACAUUCGAUUGCACCAUGAAAAUGACCUUUCGACAGCUUCCACGUCCCUGUGAUUCACGACAAUCGUUGUAUCUCCGGAAAAAAAACCAUAGAGAAUUGCUAGAGAUUUUUCACGAGAAGAAAAUUCUAUGAAUUCUUUAUGGUCUCGAGGUAGCCGGAAAUCAAGUAAAAACAUGACAAACGCU